AUGAAAACACAGGUAAGUAGAAAAAUGUAUAAAGUAGGCUAUAGAAGCCAUCAUAAUAACAUAGAUUUGGUCACUGGGAAUCAUUGGGUUCAUUCAAAGGCCACAGGAAGUAAAAGCAUUAAUGUCAUCCGAUCCACCACUAUUAAAAACAGUAUCUCAAGGAAGGCUGAGGUUGAGCUGGCAUGAUCUUUCAAUAUGCAGCCAGCAGAGAGCACUGUAGUCCCAUUUCAUGAUUCUUCUCAUUCUUACAUUGUUUUAUGAUUAUUUUCAUGAAUAUAUGAUGCAUACGCUUUGCCUAGUCUUCCACAGGUUUUACAGUUGAGAGCUGUUAAUCUAAAGGUCCACUAAUCAAGACAAAGUUCAGAUAUUGUUCUCUCCAUCUACCUCAUAAUCUGAAGGUAAACUUCUAGAGUAGGGGUAUUCAACUCUUACCCCACGAGGUCCAGAGCCUGCUGGUUUUCUGUUCUACCUGAUAAUUAAUUGCACGCACCUGGUGUCCCAGUUCUAAAUCAGUCCCUGAUUUUAAAAAACACAGUGGGACUGGCUUCGAGGUCGAGCGUUGAGUUUGAGAGUUCUAGAGCCAAAAUACUACAAUGGAACUCUUCAAAUGUGCUCCUAUUUAACACUAAUCAUUUGAGGCUGUAUAUAUUGUACUAUCUUCCCAUGGUUAUUUGUUCAAAUUGGCCUCUGUUUUGUUUUACUGAAUUCUGAACAUAUUUAGAUUAGCAUCAACAAACAAAUUGAAGCUCCCCAAGUUUUCAUAUUUUCAAGUUUAUCGUAAGAGGUAAAAAUAGCAGCUUCCCUCACAUUGGCCACAUUGGGUCCCCAGGCAAAUACAGACAAAAAAUCCAGGGUCAGCUUUCUGUUGAGCUUCUGCACGACAUUGAUUCAAUUGUUACAUCAAUAUUAAUCUCUCUUGAAUACAUUUGAGGAUAUCACUCAGAUGUGAUUGCUUGUACUGUGUGUAACAUCUCAUGUAUGCAUUACAGUCACACGUUUGAAACUUAAUGGGAGUUUCUAUUUCAUUCAGUGGCCUGUCAUGUCUUUCUCUCCAAUGCUCGCCAUGUCUGUUUGUUGCACUAUUUAUCUAAGGUGCAGAUUUAGUUUUCUUAUGUUCAAAGGGUUCCAAUUCAAUUAAUCAUGACAAUCCUUUUCUAUUCUAUUUGUUGCACCAGGGUUUUUCUGAGGUGUAUAUACAGUAUAUUGUAUUGAUGUUCAAAUUCUUCCAAUUCAAUUAUAACAUGACAAUCCUCUUAUUUUCUGUUGCCAAGAUUCAUAGCAUAGCCUCUGCUUCCCAGCACACACGCACUUGGUCACAGCAAGCCCUGUUGGCGCAUACUUUGUCAUUUCCAUGGGAACAGAACAAUGUGAAAAUGCCAUGCUGAGAAGUGAGAACUCACCAAUGAUGCCAUAUGAUGUCUAUAGAACACACCACCCUGAUUCCUUGGUAAGGGAGUUUGGCUACAGACAGAUCAUGUGACAAAGGCCACACAAUCAAUUUCAUUCCCUUGACGGUGUUGUAGCCAUGUCGGAUCAAACAAUGAUGGGUGGUGUGUGAAAAUAGUGCGGCUCAAUGGCAGGCCUCAAUGUAGCCUAUACUGUUGACUUCUUGUGAAUUCACGAUCAGCAGCCCUUACCCUAGCAACAUUCUACUUAAAAGCCUUUGUGGCUGGGGGCAGGAGUGUGUGUGUGUGCAUGCGUGCGUGCACGUGUGUGCACUGUCGCUGUGUGUGCGUGCAUGUGUGUGUGCGUGCCUCUGCACUGAACCUUUGUAUGUGGUGUUCCUGUGCCCAUAAGUGGAGACAGCUUGGAGUAUUUAUUCUGCCCAACUGGCAAAGCAUGUUUGAUGCUGAUAACAUGGCUGACGUUGGGGGGCUGGGCCGUUCUAUGAUUUGGAUCUCAUAAACUGCUGAUUGACUUGUUUUACAUGGACCUUUUACAAAACAUGUUGACUUCAACACGUUGGUGCGCUAUAAAAAUAGAGAAGUUGAAGGUUUCAUGUAGCUACAUAGCAAACGCCCACUGCAGUCUUAAUACCACGAGAGAAGAAACCAUGUAUUCUGAUGGGUUUCUUCUCUUCUUUAUAUUUUACUACAGUGCUGUGGACAUUUGUUAGUUAGAAACUAAGUAAGGGGACGGAUAACAUUAGACUUGAUGUACUGCUUAGGGGUAAACUCAAUAUAUGGUAAGCGGAUUGAGUCCAGAUGCUGUCGAUGAUGCCAAGGGGUAGAUUGGGCAUUGUUGAGAUACAGUAAUGUUGAGAUUGCGUUGAGAUGGGGUUCUGCGUCAUGUAGAGCAUGUCACCCACCUGGGCGAAUGUCCGGCUGCGUUUGAGGCAGGGGCCUCUUAUAGGGCCUCUGCUCUCAUGCCCCCAGCUCUCCCUUAGUCUCUGCGACUUCCUUCUUCCCUUCCUCAACUGUUCUUUUUUCCUUUCUUCUUUCAUUGCGUGUCUGUCCACUGGUGGCCCUAUCAGUCAAUAUCAGUCUGGGAUCUUGAGCACGCAACCUUUGCUGUCAGCCAACUGCUCCACAGUUUAGAACGGUUAAGAAAACAUGACUGGAGGCUAGCUACCUUUUCAGACCCUCCACAGUCCACAUUCCAGUUCAGUUCACAAUCACAUCAAAUGCUCAAGUCAAAUCAAGUGUUCCUUCAUUGUCCAAUAAAGGGGACAUUUAUUUGAUCAUUCAAAUAGACCAAAUGGAUCUCUGCAAUCGAUUGUCUUCUUUGAAUGAAUUACUUGUUUUGAAUAACACAUGAUCUUAGCAGAGGUCCUUGCUCUAUAUCCCAAUAGUCUACCCUGUAUCCUGCAGUUUUGUGGGUUUCCAUUCCUUGAGUAAUAUGUGAUAUACAUUUGUUCAGCAUCGCGUGGAUAAAAAUAGCUUGUAGAAUCGGUGUCACUGCUGACUGAGCAUUGCUGUUGGAUGUGCAGCACUGUUUAGUGUCCAAUGAAUAUCCACCCUGUUACUGAGAUGCAUCUCUGAGGUCAAUCUAUUGCUCUGUGGAGAGCACAGAGUACACAAACCCGUGCUCAACUGUGUAGAAGAGCCCAAAGCUCACGGAAGCCAUUGUGACAUUAGAACAGGAAGCGGUGCUGGCCCAUUGGGAGUGGGACAGAGGACCAUCCUUCUCUGAGAGGCUAAAUUAACUGCUUCUCUACCCUGCCCUCUACACCCUACACACAUGUGGUCCUCUGUAGCUCAGCUGGUAGAGCACGGCGCUUGUAACGCCAAGGUAGUGGGUUCGAUCCCCGGGACCACCCAUACACAAAAAAAAAUUAUGCACUCAUGACUGUAAGUCGCUUUGGAUAAAAGCGUCUGCUAAAUGGCAUAUUAUAUUAUAUUAUUAUUAUUACAUUACUCAUGGGAUGAGAUGCUGUUUAUCCAACGGUGAGAAGGCUUGCUUCCCUAGCCAGCUGAUUCCCUGUGUGUUUGUGUGUGUGUGUGUGUGUGUGUGUGUGUGUGUGUGUGUGUGUGCGUGUGCGUGUGCGUGUGUGCAUUCUUUCACAUGAUAUUACUUAGUCAUGCCAAUACUCUGUUUUAUCCUACAUUGAUUGAACAUACACAUAGAGAAUAUAAUAGAGUUAAUGACUUAUGUAUUAAAACAGUGUUUAAUGUAAGACCAGAGUAGUCUUCCACUGUGUUUACCGAAACGUUUAAAGAAGGCUAUUAGCUCUGUCUUAUAGGCUACACAUGUGCUUAACUAGCCUAAGGAAUUGUCUCAAUGUCAUGUAAGGGGUUUCAAAUACUUACAUACAAUCUGGAAUAAUGAAUGUGUAAAUGUUUGUGUGGAAGUGUGAAGUAGGCUAAAACUCCAGGCGCUUCUCAUAGACUAUAUGUAACAUAGUAAACAUAAAUCCUAACCCUAACCCCUAGCCUAGCUGACGUUAAACACCUCGCUAAUGUUAGCAUUAGCCACCUAGCCAACGUUACUUUUAUUGUACAAAUUGCAAUUUGUAACAUAUCAUACGAAUUGUAAUUCAUAACAUAUCAUAUGAAAUGGAUGAUGGACAUUCACAAAAUACCAUACAAAACGUAACAUAUCAUACUAAUUGGAGUAUCCCGGAUUUACGUUUACUAGGUUACAUCUACCCCUGAGUCCAGAUUGCAAACUCCGGUUUUAUCGAGCGAUGUAGGCUAGAGCAACAACCACAUCGCAUCUCCUUUAAACUGAACGGCAUAGAUCAGACUACCGGCGCGGCGCAACGCGCUAGGGUGGGUGCUGCUCUAGCCUACAUCGCUAGAGUGUGGGGUCACGCUGAAGUAGGCUUCCAUUUCCGUUGGUGCAACUACGGUGGAAAGUCCAGACGGUAUCCCCACCGUGCGCAUUCCCCCCGAAUACCAUGAUCGCAAGCGACUAAAUUACCACCUCAUCGGGAGGGGGAUUGCGCGAUAAACCUUUGGGUAGACGCUGUACCUCCCAGGAGUCAUGUGUAUCCCCUGUCGCAGGCUGAAACGGAGGCUAUGGAAAAAUACGUCACCGAGUCCCUGGGCCAGGGAUAUAUAUGUCCCUCCACUUCACCUGCCUCCUCAUGCUUCUUCUUUGUGAAGAAGAAAGAUGGCGGUUUACGCCCGUGCAUUGAUUAUCGACCACUGUAUAAUGUGACGGUACGAUUCAGUUAUCCUCUUCCCCUCAUUCCUUCAGUGAUUGAGUCAAUGCAUGGGGCCCGUUUUUUCACAAAAUUAGACCUCAGGAGUGCCUACAACCUGGUGCGUAUUCGGGAAGGGGAUGAGUGGAAAACAGCAUUCAGCACAACCUCGGGGCAUUAUGAAUACCUGACGAUGCCCUACGGUUUGAUGAAUGCUCCAUACGUUUUCCAGUCCUUUGUGAACGAGGUGUUUCGGGACAUGCUUGGUCGCAGUGUGGUGGUCUACAUCAAUGACAUCUUGGUGUAUUCCGCUACGCGCGCCGAGCAUGUGUCCCUGGUUCGCAAGGUAUUGGUUCGACUGCUGGAGAAUGAUCUUUAUGCCAAGGCAGAAAAGUGUGAGUUUUUCCAGCAGUCAAUCUCCUUCCUCGGAUACCGCAUUACUACCACAGGUGUGGAGAUGGAGGGAGACUGCAUUUCAGCCGUGCGUAAUUGGCCGACUCCAACCACGGUAAAGGAGGUGCAGCGCUUCCUUGGCUUUGCCAACUACUAUUGAAGGUUUAUUUGAGGCUUUGGCAAGGUCGCAGCUCCCAUUACCUCCUUGUUGAAGGGUGGGCCGUCCCAGCUCCGCUGGUCUGCUGAGGCAGAUUUGGCCUUCAAUAGAUUGCGGGAUCUGUUCACCUCAGCCCCGGUACUGGCUCACCCCGAUCCAACACUACCGUUCGUAGUGGAGGUGGAUGCGUCCGAGGUAGGGAUAGGCGCUGUACAACAUUCGGGCACGCCACCCAAGCUCUGCCCCUGUGCCUUCUUUUCUAAGAAGCUCAGCUCAGCGGAGCAGAACUACGGCGUUGGUGAUCGGGAGUUGCUGGCUGUUGUCCGAGCUUUGACGGUGUGGAGACAUUGGCUCGAAGGGGCGAAACACCCUUUCCUUGUCUGGGCAGACCACUGUAACCUGGAGUACAUUCGGGCAGCGAGGAGGCUGAAUCCUCGCUAGGCCAGGUGGGCCCUCUUCUUCACCCGGUUUGAUUUCACUCUCUCAUACAUUCCGGGUACAUACAUUCCGGGUACAAAGAACGUGAAGGCAGACGCACUGUCUCGGCUGUAUGAUACAGAGGAGAGGCCCAGAGACAACACCCCCAUACUCCCGGCCUCAUGCAUUGUGCCGCCUGUAGUAUGGGCGAUGGACGCGGAUAUAGUGCAGGCAUUACGCACAGAUCCAUCUCCACCGCAGUGUCCAGCUAGGCUGCAGUACGUGCCUGCGCUUAUCCGUGAUCGUUUGAUCUACUGGGCACACACGUCACCCUCCUCUGGUCAUCCAGGUAUCGGUCAUACAAUGUGCUGCCUGACCGAGAAGUAAUGGUGGCCUACCUUGGCUAAGGACAACCUUUACCAGUUCCACAACGACCAUGGUCUCACUUAAGUAUUGAUUUCCUCACUGAUCUUCCCCCCUCACAAGGUAACACCACUAUCCUGGUCGUUGUGGACCGCUUUUCAAAGUCCUGCCGCCUCGUUCCUCUGCCUGGUCUCCCCACGGCCCUGCAGACUGCGGAGGCUCUGUUUACUCACGUAUUCCGGUACUAUGGGGUACCAGAGGAUAUAGUGGACAUUGAGGGGGCCCCGGCGUACUCGGUCCGUUCCAUCCUGGAUUCGAGGCGUCGGGUGGGGAGCCUUCAGUAUCUCAUGGAGUGGGAAGGGUACGGUCCGGAGGAACGGUGCUGGGUCCCAAGGCGGGACAUCCUCGAUCCCUCCCUGUUGAGGGAUUUCUACCGUCGCCAUCCGACUUGCCCUGCUUCGCGUCCUCCUGUCCGUCCCCGAGGCCGGGGUCGGCGCACUGCUGGAGCCGCGCGUCAAGGGGGGGUACUGUCACGAUGUCCACCGAGGCUGCCCCUCCUCCUUGUUCAGGCAGGCUUCGGCGUUCGUUGUCACCGGAGUACUAGCUACUGCCGAUCUCAUUCUCAUCACUCCACUUGUCAUGUCUUGUCAAUCACACACACCUGGUGCUCAUUCCCCUAAUUAGUAUGUGUAUAAGUGUUCCCUCUGUUCCCCUUGUCUUUGUGAGUGAUUGUUUAUUGUGAGAGCAUGUUAGCGCGGUUGAGCUACUCUACCUUGUAUUUAUACCAAGGUGGAUGUUUUCCCUUGAGCUUGUUCCUUUUGACGCUGGGUGCGUUUGAUAUAUGUGAACGCAUUAAACUCUGGACUUCGGUAUUUUACCUCCUGCGCCUGACUCCUUCAUUUCACCUCGUCACAUCCAUAGAAAUUAUAAUCUAUUUUCUGCUAAAAAAAAUAUAUUUUUAUUUUGAUUAUGUGUCUGUUUUGUCCUGGAGCUCGCGAUGGAAAUGCAAUGGAUUUAUAUGUAGGCCUAUGGCUUUUGAAGUGCCGCUCAUAUUGUGAGUUUGCCCCCGAAUUUAACUUGCUCUGAAGCGUCUAUUGACGCGUUAAUAUGAAUCGCUCGAGGGUACAACUGUGGGACAUUUGACAGAGAAAUCAUAUAGCCUAGGUUUUAAACAGAAAUCUGAAAGUCCCCUAAAUGUGAAACAGUGCAUCCAUCCAUCCAUGACUCUACAUAGUCUACAUAGGUUGUUGUUGUCACACUACUUAUAAAGGCUAUUCACAAGUCUUCAUAAGCACGACAUGGUUUAAAUGCUUCACAAAUAAUUUAUAAACAAAAAAAGUCAUACAAAGCAUGGAAGAAUUAAAUAUAUAAAAAUGUGACAACCCUUUUCCCAUAUGAAUGCUUUCUGAAGCAUAUGUCUAUAGGCGUUUUAUGUCUUUAAAACAGUUAAUUUUGGACUGCUGUAUUGAAGUUCUGUCAGGAGGCAAAACAAUUUAUGCAGAACAUGAUACAUUCUGUUGCCUUAGCACAAAAAUAGCACCACCUAAAAUGCACUGUGAACAGUGCACCCUAUUGCAUAGAUAUCCAAGAGGUCUGGAUCUUUAUGGCACAUGAGGUAGUGUGGUUGUUUUUUAUAAAUCCAAUCUUUGGGACACAAAAAUGUCAGAGUCAUGAUGAUAUGAGAGACAGUUAAGCCAUAACAUCCCAUAUCUCUACUGUUAUAUUAUGCAUGAGAACUUCAUCUACCAGUCAAUACACGUCUGGUAUGCUUUGCCAUUGAUGUUGGUCAAGCCUUGUCUCCUUGAUCUGAGCCGAAUAUUUUUUCUUCAUUCAGGCCAAAUGUUUGCCUAAGGUACAUUCAUGAAUUGGAUUCACAUUCAUGAAUUGGAUUUUGAAUCUGCCUCAAAGCCACAUUGGCCAUGUAAAAUGUCCCCUGAUAUAAUCUCUUAGUUCAAUUUCUUGGUGUGUGUUUUUGUGAUGCAGUUACCUGAUGUUUAUGAUUGUGUGUAAUUUUGCAAAACGGUCUUGUGUGUAGUUUUGCAAAACGUGUUUUGUGUGUGUGUGAAGGAGUUUUAGUUUGCCUAGUGAAAUUACACGUGUGUGUGUUUGGUUAUGCUCACUUAUGGGCAUUUACAUUUUGUGUAUGUGUUUGGCCGGCUGUGUGUGGGUGGAGUGUUGUCAGAGGUCUGAGCUACUUAGUUACUUCCUUUCUCUGCAUAACGUUGUGUAAGAAAGGAGACGCUGGUCAGGAGCAAUCAUGUUUCUCCUCUCAGUAAAUACACACACAACCUGUGCUGCAGGCAUGAAAAUCAUCUUCUCCAUAUGAUCCAUUUAUUAUAUUUUUCCAGAACUGAAUAAGAAAGGGUGGUCUAUCAUAUGAAUUGCCAUUAAAUAACCUAAAAAAUGUCCUUUGACUCACUGGCAGAAAUGUCACUAAAAAUAUAUAAAAGAAACAGCACUAUAUGAUUCUAGAAAUGAGCAGGCAAUUUAAGUGCAGAAGUUACUGAUGCCAAAUUGGACUCGCUCCAUAGAGCAUGUCCAUGGGCUGUAACUUUGGAUUUCUCCACACUAACUAAUUAAGUUAAAGGCAUGUACUCAAUGUUCCUUAUGGCCCCUAUAUCCUCUCUCUCCCACAACUUUCAUUAAAUGUUGAGAUAUGUUGGAUGUCCUCUGCUGAAUUUGUGUGAAAAUGGCUCAAUAUUCCCUCUCCUUUUUUAAAGUUCCUUGAAAAUAGAGGAAGGGAAAGUUGUAUUAGCUGAGCUAUUCAUAUCUGGGUGGAUAUUAAGCCCCCAGUUUAUAAUCUAAAAGAGAUUAGAGUCUCUAGUCUAGACUCUAUAGACUCCUGCUGUGAAGUGAAAAUGUCAUUUGCUUAUUAGUUUGAAUAACAAUUCUUCUAUUUUUGUCCAGAGGUCCUAUGAAUACAUAUUCAGUAAGCUGUGUGGUAUCUCUAUUUGUAACAUGCCAACUGAACUCAGGUCAGAGACAGUGUCUGGAAUGUGCACCAGUGGUUGCUGGGAUCUUUGAACUUUGUAUUUUGGGGAAGAAAUAAUAACACCUGGUAAGAGAAUCUGCUAUGGACUUUAUCGCUGGAAAGUUUGUGCUUUCUAGGCCGAGCAGUUCCCAUACCAGGCGGUGAUGCAACCAGUCAGGAUGCUCUCGAUGAUGCAGCUGUAUAACUUUUUGAGGAUCUGAGGACCCAUGCCAAAUCUUUUCAGUCUCAUUUUUUAAAUUUUUUGUCAUUUAGCAGACGCUCUUAUCCAGAGCGACUUACAGUUAGUAAAUGCAUACAUUUUCAUACUGGCUCCCCGUGGGAAACGAACCCACAACCCUGGCGUUGCAAGCGCCAUACUCUACCAACUGAGCUACAGGGGACUUCCUGAGGGGGAAUAGGCUUUGUCGUGCCCUCUUCACGACUGUCUUGGUGUGUUUGGACCAUGAUAGUUUGUUGGUGAUGUGGACACCAAGGAACUUGAAGCUUUCAACCUGUUCCACUACAGCCCCGUCGAUGAGAAUGGGGGUGUGCUCAGUCCUCUUUUUUUUCCUGUAGUCCACAAUCAUCUUCUUUGUCUUGAUCACGUUGAGGGAGAGGUUGUUAUCCUGGCACCACACGGCCAGGUCUCGGAUCUCCUCCCUAUAGGCUGUCUCAUCGUUGUCGGUGAUCAGGCCUACCACUGUUGUGUCGUCAGCAAACUUAAUGAUGGUGUUGGAGUCGUGCCUGGCCAUGCAGUCAUGGGUGAACAGGGAGUACAGGAGGCGACUGAGCACGCACCCCUGAGGGGCCCCGUGUUGAGGAUCAGUGUGGCAGAUGUGUUGUUACCUACCCUUACCACCUGGGGGCGGCCGUCAGGAAGUCCAGGAUCCAGUUGCAGAGGGAGGUGUUUAGUCCCAGGAUCCUUAGCUUAGUGAUGAGCUUUGAGGGCACUAUGGUGUUGAACGCUGAGCUGUAGUCAAUGAACAGCAUUCUCACGUAGGUGUUCCUCUUGUCCAGGUGGGAAAGGGCAGUGUGGAGUGCAAUAGAGAUUGCAUCAUCUGUGGAUCUGUUGGGGCGGUAUGCAAAUUGGAGUGGGUCUAGGGUUUCUGGGAUAAUGGUGUUGAUGUGAGCCAUGACCAGCCUUUCAAAGCACUUCAUGGCUACAGACGUGAGUGCUACGGGUUGGUAGUCAUUUAGGCAGGUUAUCUUAGUGUCCUUGGGCACAGGGACUAUGGUGGUCUGCUUGAAACAUGUUGGUAUUACAGACUCAGUCAGGGACAGGUUGAAAAUGUCAGUGAAGACACUUGCCAGUUGGUCAGCACAUGCUCGGAGUACACGUCCUGGUAAUCCGUCUGGCCCUGCGGCCUUGUGAAUGUUGACCUGCUUAAAAGUCUUACUCACAUCGGCUACGGAGAGCGUGAUCACAUAGUCAUCCGGAACAGCUGGUGCUCUGAUGCAUGCUUCAGUGUUGCUUUCCUCGAAGCGAGCAUAGAAGUGAUUUAGCUCGUCUGGUAGGCUUGUGUCACUGGGCAGCUCGCGGCUGUGCUUCCUUUUGUAGUCUUUAAUAGUUUUCAAGCCCUGCCACAUCCAACGAGUGUCAGAGCCGGUGUAGUAUAAUUCAAUCUUAGUCCGGUAUUGACUCUUUGCCUGUUUGAUGGUUCGUCGGAGGCCAUAGCGGGAUUUCUUAUAAGCGUCCGGGUUAGAGUCCCGCUCCUUGAAAGCGGCAGCUCUACCCUUUAGCUCAGUGCGGAUGUUGCUUGUAAUCCAUAGCUUCUGGUUGGGGUAUGUACGUACGGUCACUGUGUGGACGACGUCAUCAAUGCACUUUAUUGAUGAAGCCAGUGACUGAUGUGGUGUACUCCUCAAUGCUAUCUGAAGAAUCCCGGAACAUAUUCCAGUCUGUGCUAGCAAAACAGUCCUGUAGCUUAGCAUCUGCAUCAUCUGACCACUUUUUUAUUAACCGAGUCACUGGUGCUUCCUGCUUUAGUUUUUGCUUAUACUGUAAGCAGGAAUCAGGAGGAUAGAGUUAUGGUCAGAUUUGCCAAAUGGAGGGCGAGGGAGAGCUUCAUAUGUGUCUCUGUGUGUGGAGUAAAGGUGGUCUAGAGUUUUUUUCCCUCUGGUUGCACAUUUAACAUGCUGGUAGAAAUUAGGUAGAACGGAUUUAAGUUUCCCUGCAUUAAAGUCCCCGGCCACUAGGAGCGCUGCCUCUGGAUGAGCGUUUUCCUGUUUACUUAUGGCCUUAUACAGCUCAUUGAGUGCAAUCUUAAUGCCAGCAUUGGUUUGUGGUGGUAGAUAGACAGCUACGAAAAAUAUAGAUGAAGUAUCUUGGUAAAUAGUGUGGUCUACAGCUUAUCAUGAGAUACUCUACCUCAGGUGAGCAAAACCAUGAGACUUCCUUAGUAUUAGAUUUUGUGCACCAACUGUUGUUUACAAAUAUACACAGACCGCCACCCCUUGUCUUACCGGAGUCAGCCAUUCUAUCCUGCCGAUGUAGCGUAUAUCCCGUCAGCUGUAUGUUGUCCAUGUCGUUGUUCAGCCACGACUCUGUGAAACUAAAGAUAUUACAGUUUUUAACGUCCCGUCGGUAGGAUAACCGUAAUCUUAGGUCUUCCAAUUUGUUCUCAAAUGAUUGAACAUUGGCUAAUAGGAUUGAUGGAAGAGGCAGUUCACUCGCUUGCUGUCGGAUCCUUACAAGGCACCCCGACCUACGUCCACGAUAUCUCUGUCUCUUUCUCAUGCGAAUGACUGGGAUUUGGGCAUUGUCGGGUGUCUGUAGGAUAUCCUUCGCGUCCGGCUCGUUGAAGAAAAAAUAUUUGUUCAAUACGAGGUGAGUAAUCGCUGUCCUGAUAUCCAGAAGCUCUUUAUGUACAGAAUAAAUUACAAAUAAUGCGAAAAAACACACAUAAUUGUACAAUUGGUUAGAGGGCUGUAAAACGGCAGCCAUCUUCUCCGGCGCCACUUCGUCAGAAGUGAAGGUAGAAACAUUGUUAUAUGUAUAUAUUUAAAUUGUUGCACAUUGAUAUUUUUCCCUAUGCAUGUAGCCUCUUUCCUAGGUCCCAAUUCCAAUUAAUCAGCAAUAAAUUGGAGGAUUAUGUCACUCAUAUUGUAGUUAGGACCUGGCAGUUUUCACUGCCUCCUUCUGUAAGUAAUGGCUGUAAAUGCGGCCAAUUAGCGAUGAGCACUCGGGAGGCCGGCGUCCCUCCAUCGUUUUUGCCCAUCGGCCUCAUUUCAAGCGGCAGCCGUGCACCUGCCAUUCACGUGCCAUUUUCCUCACACAGCUCACCCGCCCUUCACCCGCCCUUCACACACCCUUCUCCCGACCGGCAACACUACAGCUGCCAGUUGGAGGCAAGACGCUUUUUUCAGCGUCAAGCCAGCGGCAAGCCUACUCCCUGUGCCACUUAUUUUUAUAGAUGUAUAGAUUUUUUGAAUUUCAAAUCAAAUUUCAUAGGUCACAUGCACGUGUUUAGCAGAUGUUAUUGCGGGUGAAGCGAAAUGCUUGUGCUUCUAGCUCUGACAGUGCAGUAAUAUCUAACAAGUAAUAUCUAACAAUUUCACAACAUAUACCCAAUACACACAAAUCUAUGUAAGGAAUGAAAUAAGAAUAUAUACAUAUAUAGACGAGCGAUGUCAGAGCGGCAUGGACUAAGAUACAGUAGAAUAGUAUAGAAUACAGUAUAUACAUAUGAGAUGAGUAAUGCAGAUAUGUAAACAUUAAAGUGACUAAGAUACCGUAGAAUAGUAUAGAAUACAGUAUAUACAUAUGAGAUGAGUAAUGCAAGAUAUGUAAACAUUAUUAAAGUGGCUAGUGUUCCAUUUCUUAAAGUGGCCAGUGAUUUCUAGUCUGUCUAUAGGCAGCAGCCUCUAAUGUGCUAGUGAUGGCUGUUUAACAGUCUGAUGGCCUUGAGAUAGAAGAUGUUUUUCAGUCUCUCGGUCCCAGCUUUGAUGCACCUGUACUGACCUCGCCUUCUGGAUGAUAGUGGGAUGAACAGGCAGUGGCUCGGGUGGUUGAUGUCCUUGAUGACAUUAAGACAUUGGAUGCGAUUUGAAAAAGGUUUGUGGAAAAGUACUGUAAAUGAUUGUGUGUACAAAAUAUAUCAGAUACACAGGAGGUUGGUGGCACCUUCAUUUGGGAGGACGGCUCGUGGUAAUGGCUGGAGCAGAAUACGUGGAAUGGUAUCAAAUACAUCAAACACAUGGUUUCCAUGUGUUUGAUGCCAUUCCAUUUACUCCGUUCCAGCCAUUAUUAUGACCCGUCCUCCCUUCAGCAGCCUCCUGUGAUCAGAUAACGAGUGCCAGUCCUGGUUACCUGGAUCAAGUGGUUCUCAUCAUGGACCCUCAGCUCCCACGAGCUCUCUGGCCUGUUGGGAAGGUGACUCAUACUUACCCUGGAGCUGAUGGAUGCAUCAGGACUGCUGCCAUCCAGGUCAAGGGUCGGACUUACCUACUUACCAAGACUCUUCCUAGAGCUGGCCGACCGGCCAAACUGAGCAAUUGGGGGAGAAGGGCCUUGGUCAGGGAGGUGACCAAGAACCCGAUGGUCACUCUGACAGAGCUACAGAGUUCUUCUGUGGAGAUGGGAGAACCUUCCAGAUGGAUAACCAUCUCUGCAGCACUCCACCAAUCAGGCCUUUAUGGUAGAGUGGCCAGACGGAAGCCACUCCUCAGUAAAGAGCACAUGACCGCCCGCUUGGAGUUUGCCAAAAGGCACCUAAAGGACUCUCAGACCAUGAGAAACAAGAUUAUCUGGUCUGAUGAAACCGAGAUUGAACUCUUUGGCCUGAAUGCCAAGCGUCACAACUGGAGGAAACCUGGUACCGUCCCUACGGUGAAGCAUGGUGGUGGCAGCAUCAUGCUGUGGGGAUGUUUUUCAGCGGCAGGGACUGGGUGACUAGUCAGGAUCGAGGGAAAGAUGAAUGGAGCAAAGUACAGAGAGAUCCUUGAUGAAAACCUGCUCUAGAGUGCUCAGGACCUCAGACUAGGGUGAAGGUUCACCUUCCAACAGGACAACGACCCUAAGCACACAGCCAAGACAACGCAGGAGUGGCUUCGGGACAUGUCUGCGAAUGUCCUUGAGUGGCCCAGCCAGAGCUCUGACUUGAACCCGAUCGAACAUCUCUGGAGAGACCUGAAAAUAGCUGUUUUUGCUUUGUCAUUAUGGGGUAUUGAUGAGGAAAAAAACAAUCCAUUUGAGAAUUAGGCUGUAACGUAUAAGAGGUCAUACAAUAAGUUUUGUAGUGAUUCCUAUGUUGUUGAUGUAAAGAAUAUAUGUUGGUCUGUGGUGUGUAAUGAGGAGCAAACAGACACUGCACUUGACACAUUUAUGAAAUUGCUUAUUCCAGUUACUAAUAAGCAUUCACCCAUUAAGAAAAUGACUGUAAAAACUGUUAAAUCCCCAUGGAUUGAUGAGGAAUUGAAAAAUGGUAUGGUUGAGAGGGAUGAGGCAAAAGGAAUGUCAAAUAAGUUUGGCUGCACAACCGAUUGGCAAAUGUAUUGCAAAUUGAGAAAUCAUGUGACUAAACUGAAUAAAAAGAAGAAGAAACAACACUAUGAAACAAGGAUAAAUGACAUAAAGAAUGAUAGUAAAAAGGUUUGGAGCACCUUAAAUGAAAUUUUGGGAAAAAAGGGAAACUCAGCUCCAUCAUUCAUUGAAUCAGCAAACUUAGGCAUGACAUGCCAGCAACAAUUGCUGACACUACACAUCCAAGUAUAUCUAACCAAAUUAUGAAAGACAAACAUUGUAAUUUUGAAUUCCGUAAAGUGAGUGUGGAAGAGGUGAAAAAAGUAUUGUUGUCUAUUAACAAUGACAAGCCACCGGGGUCUGACAACUUGGAUGGAAAAUUCCUGAGGAUAAUAGCGGACGAUAUUGCAUUUACAUUUACAUUUUAGUCAUUUAGCAGACGCUCUUAUCCAGAGCAACAUACAGUUAGUGAGUGCAUACAUAAUUUUUAAUUUUUCAUACUGGCCCCCCGUGGGAAUCGAACGCACAACCCAGGCGUUGCAAACGCCAUGCUCUACCAACUGAGUUACACCCCUGCCGGCCAUUCAUUUACGUUUACAUUUACAUCAUUUAGCAGACGCUCUUAUCCAGAGCGACUUACAAAUCUACAUUUUCUUCAUCUGUUUCUGCUGCUAAGGCCACUUUCUACCACUCUAAAUUCCAAGCAUCUGCCUCUAACCCUAGGAAGCUCUUUGCCACAUUCUCCUCCCUGCUGAAUCCCCCCCCCCCCCCCCUCUCUCUGUGGAUGACUUCGUCAACCAUUUUGAAAAGUAGGUUGACGACAUCCGAUCCUCGUUUGUUAAGUCAAAUGACACUGCUGGUCCUGCUCACACUGCCCUACCCUAUGCUUUGACUUCUUUCUCCCCUCUCUCUCCAGAUAAAAUCUUGCGACUUGUGACGGCAGGCCGCCCAACAACCUGCCCGCUUGACCCUAUCCCCUCCUCUCUUCUCCAGACCAUCUCCGGUGACCUUCUCCCUUACCUCACCUCGCUGAUCAACUCAUCCUUGACCGCUGGCUAUGUCCCUUCCUUCUUCAAGAGAGCGAGAGUUGCACCCCUUCUCAAAAAACCAACACUCGAUCCCUCUGAUGUCAACAACUACAGACCAGUAUCCCUUCUUUCUUUUCUCUCCAAAACUAUUGAGCGUGCCGUCUUUAGCCAACUCUCUUGCUAUCUCUCUCAGAAUGACCUUCUUGAUCCAAACCAGUCAGGUUUCAAGACUGGUCAUUCAACUGAGACUGCUCUUCUCUGUGUCACGGAGGCUCUCCGCACUGCUAAAGCUAACUCUCUCUCCUCUGCUCUUGUCCUUCUAGACCUGUCUGCUGCCUUUGAUACUGUGAACCAUCAGAUCCUCCUCUCCACACUCUCCGAGCUGGGCAUCUCCGGCGCGGCUCACUCUUGGAUUGCGUCCUACCUGACCGGUCGCUCCUACCAAGUGGCGUGGCGAGAAGCUGUCUCCGCACCACGUGCUCUCACCACUGGUGUCCCCCAGGGCUCAGUUCUAGGCCCUCUCCUAUUCUCGCCAUACACCAAGUCACUUAGCUCUGUCAUAUCCUCACAUGGCCUCUCCUAUCAUUGCUACGCUGACGACACACAACUAAUCUUCUCCUUUCCCCCUUCUGAUAACCAGGUGGCGAAUCGCAUCUCUGCAUGUCUGGCAGACAUAUCAGUAUGGAUGACGGAUCACCACCUCAAGCUGAACCUUGGCAAGACGGAGCUGCUCUUCCUCCCGGGGAAGGACUGCCUGUUCCAUGAUCUCGCCAUCACGGUUGACAACUCCGUUGUGUCCUCCUCCCAGAGUGCAAAGAGCCUUGGCGUGACCCUGGACAACACCCUGUCGUUCUCCGCUAACAUCAAGGCGGUGACCUGAUCCUGUAGGUUCAUGCUCUACAACAUUCAGAGAGUACGACCCUGCCUUACACAGGAAGCGGCACAGGUCCUAAUCCAGGCACUUGUCAUCUCCCGUCUGGAUUACUGCAACUCGCUGUUGGCUGGGCUCCCUGCCUGUGCCAUUAAACCCCUACAACUCAUCCAGAAUGCCGCAGCCCGUCUGGUGUUCAACCUUCCCAAGUUCUCUCACGUCACCCCGCUCCUCCGCACACUCCACUGGCUUCCAAUUGAAGCUCGCAUCUGCUACAAGACCAUGGUGCUUGCCUACGGAGCUGUGAGGGGAACGGCACCUCCGUACCUUCAGGCUCUGAUCAGUCCCUACACCCAAACGAGGGCAUUGCGUUCAUCCACCUCUGGCCUGCUGGCUCCCCUACCUCUGCGGAAGCAUAGUUCCCGCUCAGCCCAGUCAAAACUGUUCGCUGCUCUGGCACCCCAAUGGUGGAACAAGCUCCCUCACGACGCCAGGACAGCGGAGUCACUCACCACCUUCCGGAGACAUUUGAAACCCCACCUCUUUAAGGAAUACCUGGGAUAGGAUAAAGUAAUCCUUCUACCCCCCCCUUACCCCAACCCCCCCCCCCCCCCAUUUUUUAUUUAUUUAUAAAAUAAAUACAUUGUAAAGUGGUUAUCCCACUGGCUAUAAGGUGAAUGCACCUAUUUGUAAGUCGCUCUGGAUAAGAGCGUCUGCUAAAUGACGUAAAUGUAAAUGUAAAUGUAAAAUGAUAGCCAGUGGGACAACCACCUUUUUUUUAAUGGGGGGUGGGGGAAGAAGGAUUACUUUUUACUAUUCCAGGUAUUCCUUAAAGAGGUAGGGUUUCAAGUGUCUACGGAAGGUGGUCAGUGACUCCGCUGUCCUGGCGUCGUGGGGGAGCUUGUUCCACCAUUGGGGUGCCAGAGCAGCGAAUGGCUUUGACUGGGCUGAGCGGGAACUGUGCUUCUGUAGAGGUAGGGGAGCUAGCAGGCCAGAAGUGGAUGAACGUAGCUCACUCGUUUGAGUGUAGGGUCUGAUCAGAGCCUGAAGGUAAGGAGGUGCCGUUCCCCUCACAGCUCCGUAGGCAAGCACCAUGGUCUUGUAGUAGAUGCGAGCCUCAACUGGAAGCUAGUGGAGUGUGCGGAGGAGCGGGGUGACAUGAGAGAACUUGGGAAGGUUGAACACCAGACGGGCUGCAGCGUUCUGGAUAAGUUGAAGGGGUUUAAUGGCACAGGCAGGGAGCCCAGCCAACAGCGAGUUGCAGUAAUCCAGACGGGAGAUGACAAGUGCCUGGAUUAGGACCUGUGCCGCUUUCUGUGUAAGGUAGGGUCGUACUCUGCGAAUGUUGUAGAGCAUGAACCUGCAGGAUCGGGUCACCGCUUUGAUGUUAGCGGAGAACGACAGGGUAUUGUCCAGGGUCGCGCCAAGGUUCUUUGCACUCUGGGAGGAGAACACAAUGGAGUUGUCAACCGUGAUGGCGAGAUCAUGGAGCGGGCAGUCCUUCCCCGGGAGGAAGAGCAGCUCUGUCUUGCCGAGGUUCAGCUUGAGGUGGUGAUCCGACAUCCACACUGAUAUGUCUGCCAGACAUGCAGAGAUGCGAUUCGCCACCUGGUUAUCAGAAGGGGGAAAGGAGAAAAUUAAUUGUGUGUCGUCUGCGUAGCAAUGAUAGGAGAGACCAUGUGAGGAUGACAGAGCCAAGUGACUUGGUGUAUAGAGAGAAUAGGAGAGGGCCUAGAACUGAGCUCUGGGGGACACCAGUGGUGAGAGCACGUGUUGCGGAGACAGAUUCUCGCCACGCCACCUGGUAGGAGCGACCUGUCAGGUAGGACGCAAUCCAAGAGUGAGCAGUGCCGGAGAUGCCCAACUCGGAGAGGGUGGAGAGGAGGAUCUGAUUGUUCACAGUAUCAAAGGCAGCGGAUAGGUCUAGAAGGAUAAGAGCAGAGGAGAGAGAGUUAGCUUUAGCAGUGCGGAGAGCUUCCGUGACACAGAGAAGAGCAGUCUCAGUUGAAUGACCAGUCUUGAAACCUGACUGGUUUGGAUCAGGAAGGUAAUUCUGAGAGAGAUAGCAGGAGCGUUGGCUAGAGACGGCACGCUCAAGAGUUUUGGAGAGAAAAGAAAGAAGGGAUACUGGUCUGUAGUUGUUGACAUCGGAGGGAUCGAGUGUAGGUUUUUUGAGGAGGGGUGCAACUCUCGCUCUCUUGAAGACGGAAGGGACAUGGUCAGCGGUCAAGGAUGAGUUGAUGAGCGAGGUGAGGUAAGGUAAGGGAGAAGGUCUCCGGAAAUGGUCUGGAGAAGAGAGGAGGGGAUAGGGUCAAGCGGGCAGGUUGUUGGGCGGCCGGCCGUCACAAGUCGCAAGAUUUCAUCUGGAGAGAGAGGGGAGAAAGAAGUCAAAGCAUAGGGUAGGGCAGUGUGAGCAGGACCAGCGGAGUCAUUUGCCAUAUUUUCAAUUUAAGCCUACUAGAAUGUGUGUGCCCCCAGGCUUGGAGGGAAGCAAAAGUCAUUCCGCUACCUAAGAAUAGUAAAGCCCCCUUUACUGGCUCAAAUAGCCGACCAAUUAGCCUGUUACCAACCCUUAGUAAACUAUUGGAAAAAAUUGUGUUUGACCAGAUACAAUACUAUUUUACUGUAAACAAAUUGACAACAAACUUUCAGCAUGCUUAUAGAGAAGGACAUUCAACAAGCACAGCACUUACACAAAUGACUGAUGAUUGGCUGAGAGAAAUUGAUGAUAAAAAGAUUGUGGGGGCUGUUUUGUUAGACUUCAGUGUGGCUUUUGACAUUAUCGAUCAUAGUCUGCUGCUGGAAAAACAUAUGUGUUAUGGCUUUACACCCCCUGCUAUAAUGUGGAUAAAGAGUUACUUGUCUAACAGAACACAGAGGGUGUUCUUUAAUGGAAGCCUCUCAAACAUAAUCCAGGUAGAAUCAGGAAUUCCCCAGGGCAGCGGUCUAGGCCCCUUGCUUUUUUCCAUCUUUACUAACAACAUGCUACUGGCUUUGAGUAAAGCCAGUAUGUCUAUGUAUGAGGAUGACUCAACACUAUACACGUCAGCUACUACAGCAACUGAAAUAACUGCAACACUUAACAAAGAGUUGCGGUUAGUUUUGGAAUGGGUGGCAAGGAAUAAGUUAGUCCUGAAUAUUUUCAAAACUAAAAGCAUUGUAUUUGGGUCAAAUCAUUCACUAAACCCUAAACCUCAACUACAUCUCGUAAUGAAUAAUGUGGAAAUUGAGCAAGUUGAGGUGACUAAACUGCUUGGAGUAACCCUGGAUUGUAGACUGUCAUGGUCAAAACAUAUUGAUACAACAGUAGCUAAGAUGGGGAGAAGUAUGUCCAUAAUUAAGCGCUGCUCUGCCUUCUUAACAACACUAUCAACAAGGCAGGUCCUUCAGGCCCUAGUUUUGUCGCACCUAGACUACUGUUCAGUAGUGUGGUCAGGUUCCACAAAGAGGGACUUGGGAAAAUUGCAGUUGGCUCAGAACAGGGCAGCUCAGCUGGCCCUUAAAAGUACACGGAGAGCUAACAUUAAUGACAUGCAUGUCAGUCUCUCCUGGCUCAGAGUGGAAGAGAGAUUGACUUCAUCACUGCUUGUUUUUGUAAGAGGCGUUGACAAGCUGAAUGUACCGAGCUGUCUGUUUGGAAUACUGGCACACAGCUCGGACACCCAUGCAUACCCCACAAACAUGCCACCAGAGGUCUCUUCAAAGUCCCCAAGUCCAGAACAGACUAUGGGAGGCGCACAGUACUACAUAGAGCCAUGACUACAUGGAACUCCACUUCAGGUAACUGAUGCAAGCAGUAAAAUCAGAUUUUAAAAAACAGGUACAAAUACACCAUAUGGAACAACAGGGACUGUGAAGAGAUACACACAAGGGUAUAGACACAUGCAUACGCACACAUUGUGAUAUUGUUGUAUGGUGGUAUUAAACAUUUUGUAUUGUAGAUAGGUAGUGGUGUAAUAAUGUCAUAUGAUGUACUGUUUUAUAUUUUUGUUUUAUAUGUAAUGUAAGUGCUUUAAUAUGUUUGGACCCCAGGAAGAGUAGCUGCUGCCUUGGCAGCUAAUGGGGAUCCCUAAGAAAUACAAAUACAAAUACGUAACAAAAUGUGGAAAAAGUCAAGGGGUCUGAAUACUUUGCGAAUACACUGUAGGAACCAGCACAGAACAAGUGGUGUAAAGUACUUAAGUAAAAAUACUUUAAAGUACUAGUUAAGUCAGUUUUUUUAGGUAUCUGUACUUUACUUUACUAUUUAUAUUUUUGACAACUUUUACUUUUACUUCACUACAUUCCUAAAGAAAAUAAUGUACUUUUUACUCCAUACAUUUUCCCUGACAUCCAAAAGUACUCGUUACAUUUUGAAUGCUUAGCAGGACAAGAAAAUGGAUCCAUUCACGCACUUAUCAAGAGAACAUCCCUGGUCAUCCUUACUUCCUCUGAUCUGGCGGACUCACUAAACACAAAUGCUUUGUUUGUAAACUAUGUCUGAGUGUUGGAGUGUGCCUCUGGCUAUCCGUAAAUUUAAAUAAAAAAUCUUGCCAUCUGGUUUGCUUCAUAUAAGGAAUUUGAAAUGAUUUAUACUUUUACUUUUGCUUUUGAUACUUAAGUAUAUUUUAGCAAUUACAUUUACUUUUGAUAGUUAAGUAUAUUUAAAACCAAAUACUUUUAGACUUUUACUCAAGUAGUAUUUUGCUGGGUGACGUUCACUUUUACUUGAGUCAUCUUCUACUAAAGUAUCUUUACUUUUACUCAAGUAUGACAAUUGGGUACUUUUUCCACAACUCCAUAGAAGCAGAUCAAGCCCAACUCAUACCUCUAAUAAUGGAUGUUCGCUGUGACAAUAUGGCACACACACACAUCCAGCUGUCUCUGUACAGAGGAUUCAAGUUUCAGUUAAUGAAGAGAUGUAGCUACUGAAGCAGUGUCCAAUCAGUCACAGGGCUAUGUGUUGGGGGAAUGAACCCAAUCAAAGACGGGGGGAAAAAAGUAUCAUAUGGAGAAGUGCCUAAAUUUGAUUUAAAAUCAUCCAUUUAAAUGACAUAGAAUAUGUUCAACUGCAGCUCUACCUCCUGUUCAAAAGCAUCCUUUAUCCUUGAAUAACAGGAGAGUCUCCAGACUCAUCAUAAUGCAGUGAUACCACACAUAUCCUGUGAAUUACUGUAUCUCUGCCAGGAUGACAAUAAAACUGCUAACACAGACAAAUCCAGUGGGAGCUGUCGUUUCGUGCAAGGAUGGAAGUAACAGUGGGUGAUUGUAGGGCCACUCACUUGCAUUUGUCAUUAUAAAUUUUUUUUAAAAGACCAACUUGUCAUGACAGGCACAGACAUUAUAAGAUAAUUAGGUUGAAAUCUCCCUUCGCGCGGCGUAAAAGUCCAAUCAUUAGUGACUGAUUCACUGUGAGGCGGUCAGCUACCCAGGCUGAUCGUCUAGCCCCGGCACUGAUAACAUUUAUUGGACCUCCUCUUUAAUAUUUAUGGAUUGUUUUUAAGAUAAGGAGAUAUCUGUCUUUCUCUCCUUCUGAGCCCCUAUUUCAAAGGAUGGCUAUUCAGUGCUAGGUGAUAACUGUCUGCCAUUGUGCCUGAGAGAAACCUCAGGAAUAAUCUUCUGAGCCCUGUCACAUUUUGGAAGCUUAUCUGCUAGGCUGCAGACUUGGACCUCCUUCAUCGAAUACAAUGCGAAAUAGGGAAAGUCAGUUAGCAAAUGUUAGUAUAAUGUCAGGGUUAAGGAGUAGUCCUCCUCUGGCCUCCCUUUUACUUUGGCUCCUGUCGCCUUUCCUAUCAGUUUUCUAUUUCUCUGUUCAAAGCUUCAUUAAACUUUGAAACUGCAUAUUUCCCUCCCCGGCCACCAUUGCAAAAAGGCAGUGAUGCGUAGGUCUAAAUGGUCAGUGGAGGAACCAGAUAAGGUGUAUUUGCAAUUUGCUUCUCCCAAAAUAACAGCAUUUUAAAUUGAACAAAAACCUAUCUAUUGAAAGUGAUACAUCUUGUAUUGAUUGCAGUCAGUCUCUUGUAGGGUAUUAAUGAGUAUCAUGUUACUGUCUCCCACAUGAGACAGGGAGUUCAUGUCACAUGUUUUUGUUUGAGAGUGGGAUUUUAGGAUAGGCCAUCAUAUCAGGUAGGCAGGGAUGUAAACUGGAGUUGUCUCCAUAACAGCACACCAGAGUAUCCACUAUGAAAUAAUGAGGGUAGCCUCAAAUACAACUCAGCUCCCUCAUCUUUUCUGACCUUCUCUAUCCACAGAUUUCACCAGCCGAAUGCACUAAUGAGGACUUGGAGCAGGAUAGCGUGAGGAGGAACUCACUCUGUCUCUCAGUUCUGUACUCAGGAUUAUUGGGAGUGCUUUUGGACCGUGCCAAGCUAAACCAGAAGAAGAAUGCUGUCCUGGAGGGAGGGGGCUGAAGCUGAAGCCCAGCCCCCGACACCAGCCCAAACCCAGGGACCUCUCCAAUCUGACUCUGGGCCAGUCCUGCAGCACAGAGGACCUGUCUGAGGGCCUCCCCGGGGCCAACUUUAGGAAGGUUUCUCCCUGCGUAACAUCAGCCUGUGUAUGGUGGACGGGGUCCGGGAUAUGCUCCAGAGGAGCCGGGGGGCCUCCCCAGAACCCCGCUGCAGGCUCAACGGGGACACAGGGGGCCACUGGAGCCCCCGUCUGCUGCGCCUGCCCCGGCGGCCCUGCUCUGCCACCCUCAGGGCCCCGCCAGCCGAGGUGCAGAGGGAAGGGGCCCUGCGCUAUAUGGUGGCAGACGACUCGCACAGCAUGGGCAGCAGUGCUCAGUGGCAGAAGUGUUGUCUGCUACUCAGGAACACAGGAGGAGGAGGGGCCGCCACUGAGGGGGGGGGGGCUUCCUGCUGGAGUUCUAUGUGCCGCCCAAGGUGGGUCUCCUGGUCACUUACUGUGUUUUAUAUGGAUUUGGUAGAGAAAAUCACAGACCUGUAUUUUUAAAAGGUAUUCAACGCUAUAGGAAUACAUUUUAUCAGGUCAGCAAUACAGGAGCCCAAUCUCACACUGAAAAUAAGAUGUAUUUUGUCAAUGUUGUUUGCGGUAACUCUGGUGUCUCCUCUGUCCUCUUUCUGGCCCAGUCAUCCAAGCCCAAAGUGAGUGUUCCUCUGACAGCCGUCAUGGAGGUGCGGACCACCAUGCCCCUGGAGAUGCCAGCCACAGACAACACCUUCGUCCUCAAGGUAAGCUUUACUUGUAAUGUCAGGAAAUUUUUAUCACAAGUGUAUGUAGGCGUAAUGACAAAACAUUCAAGUAGUACCAAAUGUUCUGUAUGCUGCAGAUUUGCAUAAUGAACCAAACAUUGAAAACCACAGACAAUAUUUGUUCAAUUUAUCUCAUGUCAGUAGGCCAAAACAGGCUACUAAUAUGAUACCUUAUCCAUCAAUAUAUUUUCCACUACAUUUGCUCAAUUAUAUCUAGUCCUACACUGAACAAAAAUAUAAACGCAACAUACAGAUCAUAUAAGGAAAUCAGUGUAUUAAAAUCAAUUCAUUAGGCCCUAAUCUAUGGAUUUCACGACUGGGAAUAGAGAUAUGCAUCCGUUGGUCACAGAUACACUAUAUAUACAAAAGCAUGUGGACACCCCUUUCAAAUUAGUGGAUUUGGCUAUUUCAGCCACACCCGUUGCUGACAGGUGUAUGAAAUCUAGCAUACAGCCAUGCAAUCUCCAUAGACAAACAUUGGCAGUAGAAUGGCCUUACUGAAGAGCUCAGUGACUUUUAACGUGGCACUGCCAUAGGAUGCCACCUUUCCAACAAGUCAGUUCGUCAGAUUUCUGCCUGCUAGAGCUGCCCCGGUCAACUGUAAGUGCUGUUAUUGUGAAGUGGAAAUGUCUAGGAGAAACAACGGCUCAGCAGCGAAGUGGUAGACAACACAAGCUCACAGAAUGGGACAGCCGAGUGCUGAAGCACGUAAAAAUCGUCUGUCCUCGGUUGCAACAUUCACUACAGAGUUCCAAACUGCCUCUGGAAGCAACGUCAGCACAAUAACUGUUCGUCAGGAGCUACAUGAAAUGGGUUUCCAUGGCCAAGCAGCCGCACAAAACCUAAGAUCACCAUGCGCAAUGCCAAGCGUCGGCUGGAGUGGUGUAAAACACGCCGCCGUUGGACUCUGGAGCAGUGGAAACACUUUCUCUGGAGUGAUGAAUCAUGCUUCACCAUCUGGCAGUCCGACGGACGAAUCUGGGUUUGGCAGAUGCCAGAAGAAUGCUAUUUGCCCCAAUGCAUAAUGCCAACUGUAAAUUUUGGUGGAGGAGGAAUAAUGGUCUGGGGCUGUUUUUCAUGGUUAGGGCUAGGCCCCUUAGUUACAGUGAUUGUGAAAUCUUAACGCUACAGCAUAUAAUGACAUUCUAGACGAUUCUGUGCUUCCAACUUUGUGGCAACAGUUUGGGGACGGCCCUUUCAGCAUGACAAUGCCCCCGUGCACAAAGCGAAGUCCAUACAGAAAUGGUUUGUUGAGAUCGGUGUGGAAGAACUUGCCUGGCCUGCACAGAGCCUUGACCUCAACCCCAUCGAACACCUUUGGGAUGAAUUGGAACGCCGACUGCGAGCCAGGCCUAAUCGCCCAACAUCAGUGCCCGACCUCACUAAUGCUCUUGUGGCUGAAUAGAAGCAAGUCCUCGCAGCAAUGUUCCAACAUCUAGUGGAAAGCCUUCCCAGAAGAGUGGAGGCUCUUAUAGCAGCAAAGGGGGGACCAACUCCAUAUGAAUGCCAAUGAUUUUGAAAUGAGAUGUUCGACAAGCAAGUGUCCACAUACUUUUGGUCAUGUAGUGUACCUUAAAAAGAAGUAGGUGCGUGGAUCAGAAAACCAGUCAGUAUCUGUUGUGACCACCAUUUGCCUCAUGCAGCGCGAUACAUCUUCUUCGCGUAGAGUUGAUCAGGCUGUUGAUUGUGGCCUGUUGAAUGUUGUCCCACUCCUCUUCAAUAGCUGUGCGAAGUUGCUGGAUAUUGGUGGGAACUGGAACACGCUGUCGUACACACCGAUCCAGAGCAUCCCAAACAUGCUCAAUGGGUGACAUGUCUGAUGAGUAUGCAGGCCAUGGAAGAACUGGGACAUUUUCAGCUUCCAGGAAUUGUGUACAGAGCCUUACGACAUGUGACGGUGCAUUAUCAUGCUGAAACAUGAGGUGAUGGCGGCGGAUGAAUGGCACGACAAUGGGCCUCAGUAUCUCGUCACGGUAUCUCUGUGGAUACAAAUAGCCAUCGAUAAAAUGCAAUUGUGUUUGUUGUCCGUAGCUUAUGCCUGCCCAUACCAUAACCCAACCGCCACCAUGGGGCACUUUGUUCACAAUGUUGACAUCAAAAACCGCUGUCUGCCAUCUGCGCGGUACAGUUGAAACCGGGAUUAAUCCGUGAAGAGCACACUUCUCCAGCGUGCCAGUGGCCAUUGAUGGUGAGCAUUUUCCCACUGAAGUCGGUUACGAUGCCGAACUGCAGUCAGGUCAAGACCCUGGUGAGGACGACGAGUACGCAGACGAGCUUCCUUGACACGGUUUCUGACAGUUUUUGCAGAAAUUCUUUGGUUGUGCAAACCCACAGUUUCAUCAGCUGUCCGGAUGGCUGGUCUCAGACAAUCCCGCAGGGGAAGAAGCCGGAUGUGGAGUUCCUGGGCAGGCGUGGUUAACACGUGGUCUGCGGUUGUGUGGUCGGUUGAACGUACUGCCAAAUGAUCUAAAACGACGUUGGAGGCAGCUUAUGGUAGAGAAAUUAACAUUCAAUUCUCUGGCAACAUGCACGCUCCCUCAACUUGAGACAUAUGUGGCAUUGUGUUGUGUGACAAAACUGCACAUUUUAGAGUGGCCUUUUAUUGUCCCCAGCACAAGGUGCACCUGUGUAAUGAUCAUGCUGUUUAAUCAGCUUCUUGAUAUUCCACACCUGUCCGAUGGCUGGAUUAUCUUGGCAAAGGAGAAAUGCUCACUAACAUGGAUGUAAACAAAUUUGUGCAUAAAGUUUGAGAGAAAUAACCUUUUUGUGCGUAUCGAACAUUUCUGGGAUCUUUUAUUUCAGCUCAUGAAACAUGGGACCAACACUUUACAAGUGCCUAGUUGAUUUGGAAUGUGAACAUAUUGUGCCUAAUCCAAUGUUUGUGUUGCAGGUGGAGAAUGGAGGAGAAUACAUCCUGGAGACGUUAGACUCCCUUCAGAAACACUCCUGGGUGGCUGACAUUCAGGACUGCAUAGACCCGAGGUAAAGAAAAAGAGCACCACACUCACUUCUCUGUGAUCUAGGGGUGCAUCUCAAUUUAAUCUAAAGUGAAAUUAGAUUCCUUCCCUUUUCUCUGUUCCUGCACUGAUGUGAAGGAGAAGUGAAAGCAAAAUCCCAGUGUGCAUCCACCAUAUUGCUUUCAACCCUGUGUUUUCAGAUUGACAGAAGAUGGAAAAGGAUUUCAGUUCAGACUAUUGAGAUGCAACCCCAUAUAGAUGAUUUUAAGCAGCAACACUCAAACCAGUUCCUUCUCUUCCCCUGUCUCAUUGAAUGUGUUUAUGUAUUCUGUGUGACUGUGACAGGGACAGUGGAGAAGACAUUGAGCUGAUGUCUUGUCCUCACGGCCAGUUCCCCUCGGUGUCCACCUGUAGCUGUGAGCUCACAUCUAGUGAGUAUUUAUUCACUUUAAUUGGUAAUGGUAUCCCAGCUAGCACAUAACGUUCUGAGAACCAUGUGUUUCUUCUUGGUGAGAGCGUGGUUGUCCUAUGGUUAUUUUGCAUACAACCUUCCCACAACUUUCUGGGAAUGGUGCAGGAUACUUGGUUUUGGAACAUUCUCAGCACAUUUAAGGAACACAAUUUUCUUGGUAUUUUAUUACUUUAACAGAACAUUUCCUAAAAGUUCAAACAUGGUUUCAUUUAAAUUCAAUUUUGGUAAUGUUCUAGGAACAUUCUCCAACUGGUUUGACAUUGGGAAUGUUCUCAAAUAGUUAAGAGAAUGUUGGGGAACAACGUUCUUCUGUAGGAAUUUCAGUACUUCAGCAUAAUUUUUCCUACAGGUAUCCUCAUGGUUCUAUUUAAAGUAAUGUUCUCAAAUUGUUCUAAAAACAUUAAGAAAACUUUCCAUAAAAACCACAAGAAAACUUCAGCGUAGAAUCCCGUAUUAUCGGCAUAUUCAACAGCGUUUAAGAAAUAUUUUACCUUCAACAGUGUUAUCUUGUGAUCAAGCCUUCAAUGUUUUGUGAUUAUUGGUGUCGUAAAAAUGUUAGCUAACGGGUUAGCAAUUAGCAAGUUUGACAUUUCAUUGGAAAUACUACUGUUAUCAGCUUUUGAUAAGCGGUUUGGUAAAAAAAUACGUCCCGUCUAAUCGGCAUACGGCCCCCAGUUAUUGGCCACCUUACUAUUUUGUUCAAUUACAAGAUAUAUCCGUUUAAUUUUGUUGAAAAAAGAGACACCAACCACGUACCCGAAGUGUUUACUAGAUAGUUGACUAGUUGGCUAGUCUUCCGGUAAAAAAUAAUGAAUUGCCUGUCAACUUUUCAUUGCGUAGCCCGGUGCGCCAUCCUGUGGACUCUUAAAAAAUUGUUCUUCACCAACAUAUUCAGUGUUGUAACCAAAUAAAAUAUGAGUAUUAAUAAUUUACAUCAAAUACACUUUAAUUUCAGUUAUGUGCAUUAACAUAAACAAUGAAAACACUGUUGGAGUUUGUGUUGCAGAUGUGCACUUCGAAAGUAAAGGAAGAAGAUACACAAGAUAAAUAAAUAUAUAUAUUAUAUUUUAGACAUUAUUUUUUUUUUGAACACAAACAAAACAAACAAUUAAAUCUCGACCUCCAUCCCUAUAUUGUCACAAAAAUCACAAUACAAAUCCAGAUCCACCGCUACCUCUUGAUCCCACUGCACACACCUGCAGUGGAACCAGUGCUGGCAGAAGUCACAGCACACCCAUGGCACCUCGGAUCUACACUCCCCGCAGCGAGCACAGCAGGUGGUGUCUUCUUUUAUAAAAAAAUUAUAAUACAAAUUGAUUAAUAUGGUUUUGCAAAAUGUAGAAGUUCUUCAACAACAAUAGUAAUUGAUACAACUGAGAGAGCGAGAAAAACAGAUUAAGAAGUACCUGAGAGUGGUGCCAUGGGUGGUGUGACAGAUGUGACCGGUGUAGCUCUUCUCUUCCUUUUCUGUGCUGCAUUUUGAGAAAAAGUAGUGUUAGACAGAGCAUGUUGCAUGAAAACCCUUUUCAACUUUUUUACUUCAAUACCUCUGGAGGAAGCUGCAGAGGUUUUGGAGGAGGUGGAGAUGACUUGAGGGCUGGUGCUAUGUACUGUAGAUAUGUAAAGAUAUAUAUAUAUAUUUUACAUUGCUGUUUUAUAAAACAGAUAACAAACAGUCAUUUUUUCGUAAUUUAACAUGUGUUUACCUGUGGAGGUGGUGGUAUUCAAAUUGCAGGGGGCAGGGACACCAGAUGAGGCUGCUAUGGUGGUGUGACCAGGGGAGACGGAGGAGGCAGUUGGUCCAGAGGAGGCCGUGUUGGUGGUGACAGACAUGGGGGGUGGUGUGCAUUGGGGUGGUGGUGGACAAAACCGCCGACGAUGGCUUGGAGGAGCUGGUGUUUGUAAUGGUGGGGUUGAGGGGCCGACGAUGGUGUGGCCGGGAGAGUAGGCAUGUGGCCUUCUUCUGCAGCUGGGGACUCCGGCGGCUCCUACAGGUGUUGCACACUGGGAGGCACUGGCAGUGGUGAUGCAGCUGUCAGGAGUGGUUCCAGCAGGGGGUCCAGCAGAGGUGAUUGCGUCAAUGGUCUCAUCCAUGGCAGCCCUCUCCUGUGCCCUCUGUGUUCUGAGGGCUGCCCGACGCUCUUUCUCCUCUGCCUCGGCCCUCUCCUUCUCACCCCUCUCCUGCCACUGGCGCGUGUAUUCCUCCCCGGUGAGGCAUGUGGUGACCACAGGGAGUCUUCUGUAUCGGUCCAGACGAUACUUCAGGACAGUAAGGAUGUGCCCCAGGUCCUUCGCUAUCAGCCCCCCCUCUAUUAGGGGGUGCUCUUCUAGAGCUAGGGAUGGGACUGGAGCAGCGGCUGGGACUGGAGCAGGGGCUGAGGGUCCUCCUGUGGUCGCUGGGGAGGAGGGGCUGAUGGAUGGCACAGUGCUGCUGGUUCCAGUAGAGGCGGUGUUGGGACCCGGUAGGGUCCGAGACGGCAUUAAACGGGACCCUUCAAUGGCUGAAGGGUCAAAAGGGAAGAGGCCACACUUCUUAAACCCUUCCACCACAUAGCGCAUGACCUUGCAUCGCUGGUACAGGUAGCGGAAUACUCUGGCAAAUUCUGAUUUGUUUACCAUGUAGGAGUGGUCAAAAUGGCUAAGGUCUCCAGCUACCUUGGAGAACUCAGCCUUUAAAGGGCCAAAGUAUGCCACGUCCAGCGGCUGCAGGACAUGGUGCAGUGUGGUGGAAGACAAAGAAGUAUAACCCCUUCCCUUAGUGCCGCCGCGAGCACUUCCGUGUCCGUGUGGCUCUUGUGCCCAUCGAAGAGGAGAAGGAGAGGGCGCUCUUUCACUGCAUGCUUAAUGAAGUGCUGAAACCACUUCCUGAACAGGUCCCUGUCAAUGUAGCCACUGCUUGACCGUCCAUACAAGGCUUGGGGGGGGCCUCCCAGUGUGUAGUGGCCACCGGGGAAACACUUGGGGUAGAUGAUAAACGGGGGGACGUCCUCCCCAGUUGCAUUGAAGCAGGCCAGCACUGUGAUGUGCUCCUUGGUCCCCGGAGCCUGCUGGUACACGUGUUUUGCGCCCCGGGGAGCCAGCACUUUGUGCCUGCUCUGGUCGCUACGAAACCCAGACUCAUCGCAGUUAUAGAUUUGUCUGGGUUUCUCCCUCAACCCACUCUCCUCCAAGUGCUUCUCAUAAGAAGUGAAGAAGGUGUCCAUCGUCGGACGUGUGGCACACUCAGCUCUCCCCCUAUCCAGGGUGUCCGGCCUCCUCAUGCUUAGGUUCUUGUGCCUCCUCCUGAACAUUUCCCACCACCUCUUCCCCAGUGGUGGGAUUGUUUCCCCUGGGUGCCGAAACCUACAAUAGAAUAGAAUAUAUAAUUGUCCAUCCAGGAUGAAAAUGUUUGUUUUGGCAUCACCAUCCACAUUUACAUCACACACAUUGAGAACAGUCAGUCCACCAAUCUACAUACAUAAACACACAGAACACCAAAUACCUGCGUAUUUUGUCAGCGUAUUUCAUCAGCCUCUGUCUGGUGAAGGGGAACCCAUGGCUGGCGCAGUAGAUACAGUACUGCACCAGAGACUUUUCAUCCUCUGGUGCAAGCAAUGUGGGUGGUCCACUGCGACAACCAUGGGUCACCCGGCCGCUCAGCCUGUCCACCAGGGUCUGCCGAGGUACACCAUGCACCUUGGUAGAUAAGAAAAGAAAACUGUUACUAGCAGAUAAAAUUCACAUACCAUUUGACUAAAUACUGCCUCUAUGUAGCUGUUGUAAGAUGAAACAUAGCCAACAGUGAUAGGUGUCAAAAAGUUCAUGGUUCAAAGUUCAAAAUACAUUUUUGCAGAUUGUGCAAAACGCCUCCGUCAGAGGACUCCAAUUUUGAUACGGUAAAGCUUGACAACAUGCAGCUGUUUUCGUGAUAUGUAUUAUCUAACACUUACAAUUUCUUUCCUUUUUGCUUACUUAGCAGUUCUAUCAACAUUUAGCAACUAAGAUAGCAACAUUAGAAAAUCCGUUAGCUAUAUUUCAGAGGUAAAAAGUUGGAUAUUAAAUUAGGUGUGGUCUGUCGCGCAGUCGAAUUUUACAAUAUGCAGCGUGUUCCACAAAAUGUGUACAUAUAACUUUUUUGAAAACUCUCAAAACCUAACUUAACUUACAUAAAUUGCACUGAAAAUCGGUGGUCAGCUAGCUAAAAGGGUGUCGUUAGUCACAAAACGUACCGUUAUUUUUCAGUCCAUUUAAAUGUUGAGCUCGAGGUGAUUCAGUCCUCCAACCGCUAGAGAGUGUCCGAGGUUAGGGGGUGUCCGAUGUUUGGGGAAAAUUAGCUAACGUUCAGAGAAUGUUCUAAGAAUGUUAUUUAAAAACAUAUACAUUCCGUUCUCAGCAUCAUCAAAACUCGCUCUAUCCUCCAUCUUGUUAAGUGUGUUGAGGUGUAUUGGCCGCGCCCACUAAUUGACCACACCUGAUCUUAAUGAGUGAUUUUUUCCUUUGAAAUUGGGUCUGUUUGAAUAGACUAAAAUUAACAGCUUUGUAUAAAUUAAAAAAACAUGGCAUGCUAGCUCGAUCCUGGUGGAGCAGUGGACUAAUUCCAUGGAUAGAGAACAGAAGAUCAUAGGUUCUCACUGACACUGUGCCACAAUAAAAAAAUACAUGUGUUUGCAUGAAUAAUGCCUAAGCAAACUAAUUUCCAUGUGUCCCAUCUGUGCGUGGAGUUCAAAACAGUUAACCUAAGCUAGCACUGUUUUUAAACGUUUUAUUGAAACAUUUUCUCCGAACGUUAUUUAAUUACCUUCAAAUAAUCAUUUCCAUUCUCAGAACGUUAGUAAAACCUCUCAGGAAAACUUUCAGGGAACCAUAGUAAAACGUUCUCAGUAGAGGUCUUCACGGGUCCAAAAGGUUGGACUCAUUCCGAAAUGGACCUGGGUCUUUCCCACCCGGACCCGAUAUGCAUAAAUAAAUAAAUAAAAUAUAGAGACCCAUUCCGAAUGUACCCGAGGACAACUAGACCCGUUCCGUAUAGACCUGGUUGGAUCCAGACCCGGUCCGAUCCAAGUGAAGGAAGCAGCAGAAAAGAGGAGGGAGAGAGAGGUGCCGCUCUAGCAGACGGGGGAGGGGUCGUACUGUGAGUGAGUCACACAGGGAACAGGGAGGAGGGAGGGAGAGACAGCAAACAACCAAGCCGACUUGCGCUAUAGUAGACUAAUAGCUACCAUAGCUAACGUUAGCUAGCUAGGCUAAUUGAGGCUGCAGUGCAUGCUCUUUCUCAUCCUACAGUUACAAAUAACAACAACUCCAUUCAGAAUAUUAAGUAGCAGCUUACCUGUUGGCUCUUGGUCAUUGUAGCCUAUCCUUCUCCUUUAACUUUUAAUUCUGUAAUUUUAAUUCCAUCUUCCAUUAAUUCCAUAUCUCCUAACUUUUGCCACACACGGAGGCUCUAUGACUGUAGCCUAUUGCCGCUUUGAUGACUUAUAAUUGGCCAACAACAACAAGCUACAUGCACCACGCUCCACUCUUGUGAAAAGCAAGAGGAGCAGCAUAAAUGAUUACAUUUCUCUCUCUCUACUGCUGCAAUCGCGUUCAGAUCUGUACGGGCCCUUCCGGACUAGUCAGUUAAAAUUACAUAUACCCGAGACAUAUCAGAUCCGACCCAGACCCGUGACAUUAUUUAGAACUCGUGAUCCGGACCUGCUUGGGUCACGAAGCAGGUCUCGGGUAUUCGGGUACAGGUGGAUCCGUGAAGACCUCUAGUUAUCAAAACCUCCCUGCAACCUAAAAAUGUAUGUUCCCAGGACUGGCGAAAUUUUCACUUCCAUUCUCAGAAGGUUGAAAAAACUUUCAGUUUUACCGGUCAGGAAACGUAUGGCUUCAUUCCCAGAUCCAAUAGGAAACCAAAAAGAUACGUUCCCACAUCUUUGAAGGAACCAAAUGUGCUAGCUGGGAUCUCAGCAUCUGACUUUAUGGAGUAACUUUCUCUCCAUGCUCUCUAUGUCCACACAGACAUACACAGGACCCCUCAGCACCGUGCUGGCCCCUGUGGCCCCUCAGGGCCCCACUGUCAGACCCUUUUGGCCUUUCCUUUGCACCCCACCCACAUUCCCCUAGAACGCUUCUUCCAGUCAAUGGAGUCCAACACGCCUGGAGCAGACAAUGGCCAGCUCUCUGUAUGUGGAAGGAUGUCUUUUUGCUAAGCCCGUACAGUGACAAGGUGCUUAUGUUGUGCUUUUCACCUGUAGGUGAAGGAACGCCCCACUCUGAGACGGACACCUCUCUGACCUGCUACCCAUGGUUCCACAGUACACUGUCGCGAGUGCAUGCUGCUCAGCUGGUGUUGGUAGGCGGAGCCCUGAGCAACGAGCUCUUUGUGAUUCGCCAGAGCGAGACGCGGACGGGAGAAUACGUCCUCACCUUCAACUUCCAGGGUAAAGCCAAGGUAUGCUCAGACGCAUAG